UUUCUUUUGAAUGUCUCCCCUAUUUUUGAAAUGAGGGAAAAAAUCCUCCCUAUUAUUGUAAUGAGGGGGAAAAUCCUCUCCUAUGUUUUGAAAUUCUAGUAUAGACACUGCUGGUGCUCAAUUUGCAUUUUAUCGAGGAAAUGUUCUUUACUGAAUGUUUAAUUUAUUGUUUGACAGUAAUUGUCGUGGUCGGAGAUAACGACGUAAACGAGUAUGCAGAAGAAGAAAUUUCUCCCGAUAGCUGUUACCUCGAUCCUUUGAUGAGUCUGUCAAACUGCCAUGACCACACUGAUAAAAAAGUGAAAAUUGAUGGAAUGUAUGAGAUGGCCCAUAACACAACAUGUACCCUGGAACAUAGGAAUGAAGACAUGUUCAGUGUUGCCUGCAUUGACGGGGUGCUCUUCAUUUCAUCGAAUGAAUAUUUAACGAGGAAAAAGCGUCAAGUAUCGCCUUUUGAGGUAGCCAAUUCUCCGUCUGUCAGUGGUAUGGGUGGUUUUACAGCGUCUGGUGCUAUGAUUGGCUCAGCUUUUGGACCUAUAGGUUUAGCUGUUGGCGCUGGUAUAGGUGUAAUUGUAGAUGUCGUGUGUGCUAUUGUCUGCCGUCACGACAAUCCACCUCUUUCCAACAAGCCACCGACAAUAACGAAGCCUGCUGUAUUACCGAAAGCAAUAUUAGCAAAGGAAGGGGAAACAACAGCAAGGGUCAAAUGGUAUCCGCCAACGAUAACGGACCCUGAAGAUGGAGAUAUCAAAGCAGUUGCCUAUCCGCCAAACUUUAUAAACGGCGGACAAUAUUCAGAAGGAAAUUACGUGGUGUAUUUCGUUGGUACAGAUAGCGGGGGUCUGUCUGCAACUACAUCCCUUUCCUUUCAAGUCAAAUUGCACAGAUGUGGAUUCCCCAGAUGGCCUGAAAAUGGCUACAUUGACUGUGGUGGUAGUGAUAUUAUCUAUGGGACUAUAUGUAAAAUAAGAUGUAAAUCCGGCUUUACCAUAAGUGAAGGAAACAAACCUUCUCUAAAAUGUGUCAAAAACGGUGCCUGGAUGCCGCCAUAUCCUUCGAACUGCAAACCACGAGUGUGUGCCAAAGUACCAACAAUAUCACACGGUGAGGUACAAUGUCGUAACGGUAAACAAGUUGGAAAUAUAUGUGAAGUUGUUUGUGACUAUGGAUAUCAAGUUCAUGGUAUGCGCAUUGUGGGCUGUGACAACGAUGGAACGUGGGGAAUAAUGCCUGUUUGUUAUGAUGUCCUUCCGCCGAGAUUUCUGGCGGGCGACUGUCCAGACGACAUACAGGUAUAUAUUGACUCGGCAAAUAACACUGCAAAGGUAACUUGGAAUGAGCCUCGAGGUGACGAUAACUCUAGGGAGCCUGUAACAAUUACGGAAGUUCAUGGCCACAAGCCAGAAGUUCGACUGACUGCUGGUUUACAUUCUAUCAAAUAUACAAUAACAGACAAGGCGCAAAACAGGGGUGACAACUGCGUGUUUAAUAUACAAGUUGUGACAUUAAGUUGUUCUCCUCCUAACCUUCGUGUGGCUGGUGGGGAUCAUCUGAAAUAUGAUUGUCCUAGCUACAACCUUGGUGCCGAAUGUUCAAUGUCAUGUAUGUCGGGGUAUCCUAUGGGAGGAGAAACUAAAAUACAAUGUUCAGCUGACUACAAAAGUCGCCCUCCAAAAUUAGACUGGAAAUGGCAGGAAGAUGGACUAGAACCAUUUUGUAAAGAAACAAACUGUUCCAGAGACGCACUAAAUGAACCUGUUAAUGGCGCCUUGGCAUGCAGUCAGUGGACUCAUGGUCAAAUGUGUCAGAUGCAAUGUGGCGCCGGAUAUGAUAUUCCAAAUAUUGGUGAUGGUUUAUUUGUGUGUGGUCGAUCAACUGGUAAAUGGAGGCCCUCCGCUGAAGUGCCAGACUGUGAUACUAAGCUUGACGUAAACAACAUGAAUCUUCCAAACGAAUUUUACUACUAUACCGGAAAUUGUAAUAGUUCAACUGAAAAUUUAUAUCAAAUUAAAGAAAAUUUUGUACAAGCCCUAAACACUUCUAAUUUCUGGGAAUACUGCGUUGAUAUCUCAGCAUGCCAAGCGAGGUUUGUGGACGUAACCUGUGGUCCAGUAUCAUCUCGACGCAAACGUGAUAUUAACUUCCGGGGGUAUCGGCGUUCGGUACCGAAGUUUGCCUACAGACUGCGCUUUGAAUUUAUUUUACCUUAUAAAUUGGAGACAGGAAAAUCUGCUGAUGACAUAUUUGCAGAAAACGAAGACCGGCUAUACAAAAUGUCUGACGUUAUACAAAAAGAAGUAGAUUCUGGACAUUUCGACCUUCACGUUGAUGACCUUUACAUAGAGAGAGAUUCAUAUGGUCCUGGAGUUCCUUCAAUGAUUUGUCCUUCUGGUACUUUUCCAAGGAAAGAGUCUGCAUCAUGUGUUGGUUGCCCUAAAGGCAGUUUUGCAAAGACGAACGGUAGAUGUGUAAAAUGUCCCCUAGGAACAUACCAAAACUUAACGAACUCUUUGAAAUGUGAAGCAUGCCCGACAAACACAAAUACAACAGAGAUUGGUGCCGAAGACAUCUCCCAGUGUCUGAGAUACUGUGUGGCUGGCGAGUUUUCACCAAAUACGCUUGCACCUUGUACAAAAUGCCCGUGCAAUUCAUUUCAAACUUACCCGAAGUCUGUUAGCUGCACAAGAUGUGCUAGUAAUAAAAGAAGUCCGUCAGAUGGAGCUACAUCUGUAACACAAUGUCAAGCAUAUGAUGUACAGUUGAGUGAUGACAAAAUAGAAAUUGAAAACAAAUUAAAACACGACAUUAUUACCAUGUUUAUGUGGGUGUAUGUCACCAAUAACGAGACGAAUUCUGCUGUUGAGUUCGAAAAUUCUGACAGUAGGCAAAGCUUUGGGUUUAGGAUAACACCUACAGUUUCGAUUGGACAAUCGCAUGAUAUUGUCAGUACUGGCAAUACGUUACAGACAUCCAUCUGGACAAGCAUUGCUUUGAUUGUUGAUAAACCGUCUAGUGAGGUCAAAGUGUACGUGAAUGGGAAAGUUUCCUAUGCAAAUUCUUCCUUCCUUGUAUUGAAAUCUCACACUCUUGAUAGGAACGAUUUGAUCAGAUUCUAUGGUGAAAUCAAGAUUUCUGCAUUUUGGAUCAUACCAAGGAAAGCAACUCCUUCUGAUAUUUCUUCCUGGUCGACUUCAUGCUUACCUCCCAUAACUGGAACUAUAUAUUCAAUGGAUAAUCUAGCCGCAUCAGAAAAUGUCAAAGUUGUGAUUCCCUCCGUUUGCGAUGCUAUCGAUGAGUGUGAAAACUCUCCAUGCAACAGCCAUCAAUGUAUCAAUGAACGUGGCGGCUAUAAAUGUAUAUGCUCUAGUGGUUUUAGUGGAGAACAAUGCCAAUUGCUCCCGGAUUAUUGCACGGAUAAUAACUGUAAGAACGGAGCAACGUGUGUAAAUGGAACAGGAAACUACACCUGUAAAUGUCCCUAUGGUUACCGAGGUGAUUUGUGUGAAAUUAAAGCAGUUGAUGGCGGAUGGUCAGCGUGGACAAACUGGACGACCUGCUCAAAAUUAUGUGACCGUGGUACAGCAAAAAGAACAAGAAGAUGUGAUAGUCCUUCCCCAGAUACCGAUGGUAAACAGUGUCAGGGAAAUAGUAGCGAGGAGACUUCGUGUAACGAAGAAAAGUGUCCAGAAUGCUCCAAAUUACGAAGGACUUAUGGUCUAAUCAUUACAUGCAACAAAACAUCGGAGCGUCAACGUUGUUUUAUUAACUGCAGAGCAGGUUUAUAUUUCACAAAUGCGCCUUUAUCUUAUUAUGAAUGUGGUCUUGCUACUGGAUAUAAAUGGAAUCAUCAAAAUGAGAAAAAUCCUUCAGGAAGGCUGCCAUCAUGUUCAGAGCUUGAGCCACCAGUAGUGAUGGGUGUGAAAUUUGAAGGCAAUUACGACUCUAUUCCAUGCACAGAUAGUAACAAGCAAAUAGUUCAAGACUCUAUUGAUAUCAAAUUGUCAACACUUGGCUGUAAAAAGACAAGCACGUGCGAAACAUCGAUACCAGAACCGGUUUGUAUUAACUCUGGAAAGAAGAGAUCUACUGGAAGUUCAAUGAAGGUGACUGUUAGACUUCAAGCAGCUGUCAACAGUAAAGGAAAUACUUUCAAUAUUGUAGGGCUACUACAAAAUAAUUCAGCACCGUCAAAGCAGUUGAGGGAUUUUGUUAACCAGACGUUAGAGUUGGAGAGGUCCGCACAAACGUUAAUGAACCGUUCCGUCGACUUCUUUCAAGUGACCGUAGCUGAUGGAACAAAACAUUCCCUUUCAUCUAGUUCCGACAGGCUAACAUACAAACCCGAUAUUCGUUGUCCUAGUGGAAUGGUUCGCAUUGAAGUAUUUUGUGCUGUUUGUCCGGCGGGAUCAUAUUCUGAUGGUCAAAUUGUUACAAUGUGCCCUCGUGGUCAAUACCAGGAUGCUACAGGACAGUCAGCCUGUAAACCGUGUCCAUCCGGUAAAACGACGACAGGAAUAGGUUCCAUCCAUGGUUCAGAAUGUUCAGUUGAUGACAAUACUAAUGUUAAGAUAUCGGACAAUAAUGGUAAGUUUAGAUAACAUUCAUAAUAAAUGAUUAAAAUGUUUAUAUAUUAUCUACUCAGAUGAAACAUAUCACUCAUAUAUAAACACAUAUGCAGAUGUUUCAAAAUCAUUAAAAAUAUACUAUGAUCAUCUUUUGGUAAAAUACUUUUGGUGUAA